AUGACUCAUGAAACCGCAACAUUGCCUCGGAUUAACACUGUUGAUAACUUGGUAACGAACUUUGGAACGCAUAUACGGACUCGAAUUGGACAAUGGAAUGUACGAACUAUGAUGGAAUCGUCAAGAUUGGCGCAAAUAGAAUCAGAAAUGAAAAGGUACAGGGUGAAAAUACUGGGUGUUAGUGAAACUAGAUGGCCUGGUUUAAAUGAGAUAACAACAGCAAAAGGCAACAAAUUCAUAUACUCCGGAAAUAAUAAUGGCGGCUCUAAUGGUGUGGGAAUGAUAAUAGAUAAAUCAAUAAGUAGUAGCAUGAUGAGUUGGAAAGCUGUCUCUGAUAGAAUAAUCUUGGUCAGAUUCUACUCUAGAAUAAGGAAAAUUACAAUUAUACAGUGCUAUGCUCCCACCGAAACAGCUAAUGACGAACUCAAGGAUGAAUUCUACUCCCAGCUUACGUCGGUCAUAAGUAAUAUACCGAGAACUGACAUCAUAAUACUUAUGGGUGACCUAAAUGCAAAAAUUGGUACUAGGAUGCAGGGUGAUCCGCAAGAAAUCAUUGGCUCACACGGCAUUGGCUCAAGAAACAACAAUGGAAGCCGGCUGCUUGACUUAUGUACAGAAUUCAAUCUGGCCGUGGGCGGAACCCUCUUCCCACACAAAAAUAUACAUAAAUAUACUUGGGAAUCACCGAAUGGUCACACAAGAAAUCAAAUAGACCACAUAUGUAUUAACACAACCUGGAAACGAUCAUUGUUGGAUGUCAGAUCACGAAGGGGAGCAGACAUACAUAGUGACCACAUGCUUGUCACCGCAGAUGUCAGACUGAAACCAAGCACCAUAAGAUACGCGGCACAAAGAAGAAGAGAAUUAUCUACACGUCAGUUGGGCCCCAGUGAUAUACAAUCAUGUAUAAGGCAAAUUGGCGAAGAGACACUGGGGACUGUAAGAACAGAAAGAAAGGCUUGGAUUUCUGAUGAUACAUGGGCAAAAAUAGAAAGACGGAGAAACCUGAAAACCACGCUUCUAACGCGCCCAACGCCUGAACUAAGAGCAGAAUACAAUAAUGUGGCAAAGCAAGUUAAGAGGUCUGCCAAAAAUGACAAACGGAGGUACUACAACACCCUAGCCUCACAAGCACAGGCGGCAGCCGAGCGUAACGACAUGCGCACCCUGUACAACAAAAUAAGAACGAUAACAAAAUGUAACACCAAAAAUAACCGGCCAAUCAAUGACAAAAAUGGAUGUAUGUUAACAUCAAGAACUGAGCAACUUCAUCGCUGGAGGGAGCACUUUCAAGAAUCUGGUGCCACGGCCCUGCAACAUACUGAAACAGACCAGAACACAUCGUAUACCCAAAAUUCAAGAAUAAGCAUAAGCCCACCCACACAGAAUGAAAUAUCGGAUGCACUUAAAAGAUUGAAACAAGGUAGGGCAGAAGGUCCUGAUGGCAUCCCUGCAGAGUUGCUGCAAGCCGAUACCAGGAGUGCAGUAGCAAUACUUCACCCAAUUCUGCAGAGUGUGUGGGAAGACGAAAUAAUACCAACCUCAUGGAAACAGGGUAUAAUUGUGAAGUUGCCGAAAAGGGGUGACCUCAGAGAGUGUUCUAACUGGAGGGGAAUCACCGUGCAGAACUCAGUAAAUAAGGUUCUGGCACUUGUAAUCCUCGCAAGAAUUGAGGACAAGCUAGAAGAAACAUUACGAGAAGAACAGGCCGGAUUUAGAAGGCAAAGAGGCUGCAUUGACCAGUCAAACACUCUCAGACUAAUAGUGGAACAAUCAGUAGAAUGGAGGUCACCCCUAUUCAUUCAUAACAUUCGUCGAUUUCGAGAGGGCAUUUGA